CUUGGACGAAACCGCCAUCACGGCGCCCACGAAGACCCUCUUCACCGCAUCUCCCUCCUCUCCUUCUAUACUGAACGCUUUACGACGCGCACGACGCUAGACUGACUCAUUGGACAGCCUGUGGAGAUUGGACACCAAGAGGAUCAUACGGGGCGCUGCUGCUAGACUGCUGGAGUACAAGGACAUCCGCAGGAUCGGACGCUGACUACAACUGCCGGAUUACCAUCACGCGCCAUGGCGGCUGCGACCAUCGACCUGCUCACUAUCAUCCCUCAAGAACUUAUCAACCUGAUACUGGAGCUAUCAGACCCCGACGCUCUCCUGCUCUUUGCCACAGUAUGCCGGAAGCUCCACUUCCUGGCGAUCCCCGCGCUCCUUGCGCGCUACGGUCAAACCGACCCUCGCCGCAUCGAGCGCCUCACACUCUUCUUCUCCUCACGCAAUGCCCCCACACCCUACCAGCUCCACCGCGCGCUCAUCAUGUCCCUCUACCCCACGACGGCCCGACACAUCCACUGGUAUGUCCAGGAUCCGCGCUCGGUAGGCCUGCAAGCCCAGUUCCGCAUCAUGUUCCGCCUGGUCACGAAGCUCGUCGCGAUCGACAAGUUUACGGUGGACUUCUCGUUGGCGGCAGCGAGUAGACCUUCUCGCGCGUGGAAGAUGCGACUUGUGGAUGUUCGCAUUGCGCUUGCUCGGGUCCUCGAAGCGGCGGCAGCUCGGGGGUGCCGCUCGCUAGCGAUCGUCGAUGGAGGUGCUAGUGCACUUUCGCCGCUGGGAGCACUUGACCGGCUACGCGUCGCACCCACUAUGUUGAAAGGCGCCUGGGCACUUCGGACGUGUCUUUCGAAGACGCGUCUCAUUUCAGCGCCGGAUAAGUACCUGUUCCCGCCUUAUGCGGAAUCGCAGGACUUGAUCCUGCUGGAGUCGCCUGUGGAUGAGGCUUUGAUGGGAGGGAGGGCAUUUGGGCCUUCCUGGCGCGUAGAAACGCGUGUGCUCGACGUUCUCAACCACUCCUCCCUUACCUCAUUGACACUCUCCUUACCACCUCGCUUGACAUCGCGAGCUCAAUGGGACGAUGUGCUCGACCGUCUCACGUUACCUCUUCUCACACAGUUCUCUAUGCGCAUGUCACGGGCAUCUCAGCGGACAUUCUGUGCAUUCCUAGCGCGGCACCCCAACCUCCGAUCGCUGGACAUCCGUGAUUGCGCCAAGAGUUUCCUGUCUCGACGGGGCUCGCGACGUCCGCCGCCUACGCUCGAGCUGCCUCGUCUCGAGCAGCUCCUUGCCGCUGCGCCCGUUGUCGCAUUCGUGCUCGGCUCUGCGAGCAAGACACCAAUGCUACACCACGUCCACGUCCAGCUCGACUGCUACUGGGACGCGCCCAUCACGCCAUCGCUAUGUAACAUCCGUCCGCUCGUGCCCGUGCACAAUCGCCUCGCGGGUGUGACUACGACCUUCGAGCUCGAUGUCGGCGAGUGGCCGUGGGACGAGGACGACCAGCAGCCUGCGACGCACGAUCACGAUGCGUGCGUCUUCGCCGCGAGCACGCUCAUGAUCAACGUCAGCCGCGUGCACGUCGACCUCGUCUUCUCCCCGCGCAUGGUGCGCUGGCUGCGCGCGUGCACGCACCUGCGCACGCUGCUGCUCGACCACACAUGGGGCCGGCUGUGCUGCGCGGACAAGGAGGGGUUCGACGAGACGAGCAGGCAGGUAGGGGCGCAGAUCCGGGACGCGCUGCCGCAUAUCGAGCGGCUGAAGGUACGGGGGACGAGUAUCGUGCCUCGGCUGGACGAGGAUGAAGUGUUGUUCUGAUGACGUUUACUAAUGUACUUUGUUAUGCUACUAUGCUGUCGUUGUUCAUGUACCUAGCUAGGGUUGGAUCGGUCUCAUGCUUCAUCUUACCGUUUUAUGAUUCCAAGGCGAGAACGUAUGGGCAAUCGAAUUAUUGAGAACAGAUAAAGCAAGCUUCGGGAAAGCGAGAACCAAGUCCAUUGUACAGUACUCUAUCUACUAUCUACCAAAGAUCCAAAAGCCUCGCCGUCAUCCACACCUGCGGCCCGAGGUGGAUUUCCGUUGCGACUGUAACUCUCGUUCCCGAAGGCGAGGGGAGCGU